GCUUUAACGAUUUCCCAACAAGGCAUACGGACAAACAUCCCAGUCCUCUCCAUGCAAGGACAAGCCAUCCACGCCACCAUGAUGUCCUCAAAGAUCACUCUCCAUUUUCUUCUCCUCACCUUCGCGUCCUUCUUGUUGUCCUCCGCGGGCCGGGUCCAUGGCGAAGCCGCUCGUCGUCCUUGUCCGAUCGACGCCAUAUACCAGUUUGGGGACUCGACCUCCGACACCGGCAACCUCAUCCGCAUCGUGGGACCAAACGGCUCUGGCUCCCAGGCUGCUCGUCUCCCUUACGGCGAGACUUUCGGCAGGCCCACUGGUCGCUUCUCCGACGGCCGCCUCAUAGUCGACUACUUCGCCAUAGCUCUUGGCCUCCCUCUUGUGAAUCCCUCGUUGGGCAAGAAUCUUUCCUUUGAGCAUGGAGUCAACUUCGCCGUCGCCGGAAGCACGGUCCUCAACUCUUCGUUCUAUGCUGCAAGAAACGUCAGCGUGUCGGCUUCUGAUGUUCCCUUGCGCCUCCAGCUCAACUGGUUCAGAAAUUAUCUCAACUCAACCUGCAGGUCGAAAACUGAGUGUGGAGAGAAGUUGAAGAGAUCUCUUGUGAUUGUUGGGGAGAUGGGAAGCAAUGACUUCCUCUAUUCUUUCCUCAAUGGGAAAUCUAUUCAAGAAGUCAUGACUUAUGUGCCUCCCGUGGUUGAAGAAACCAUAAAUGUCACAAGGGAGCUCAUUAAAAUGGGUGCAUCCAAAGUAGUGGUGUUCGGAGACUUUGCCAUCGGUUGUUCCCCAAUAUACCUGACCCUUUUCAAGAGCAACGAUUCAGACGCAUAUGACGAGAAAGGUUGCCUAAAAGCGUACAAUGCCUUUUCACAAUUCCGCAACACUCACGUUCAAGUCGCACUUGCUAAGCUUAGACGCGAAUUACCUCAAGCUACAAUACUCUAUGGAGACUACUACAAUGGCUAUAAGUAUGUGCUAGACCAAGCCUCCCAUCUAGGAUUCGACCCGGAAUCGGCUCUGAAAGCUUGUUGCGGAACUGGUGGGUCAUACAACUUCAACUUCUCCCAAAUGUGCGGAUCAACGGGUGUCACGGCUUGCCCCAACCCAAAUGAGUUCAUAAGCUGGGAUGGUAUACAUCUGACACAGGAGGCGCAUCGCCACAUUACAGAGUACAACACCAACAAAAUUUUCCCAGAAUUGUCUUGUGCCCCAUAGAGUCAAGGGCAACACUAGCUCCCACAUACAUAAUUAACAAUUGAUCUUGAAUAUAGAUCGAAUCUCUUUUCCCUGUACUCAGAAUAAAGGAUUAUCUGCUCAAAUAAAGCGGGAGCUGGUUGAAUUAUAAAGUACACAAUAAACUACUUUUGCUAUUACAAAUGUCGAGAUGGCAUCUUCCUUCUGGAGACA